GCCGCCGGGAGGGCCAUGGCGGAGGGGCUGGGAGCAGGGCGGACCUUCAGCCGCCCCACGCCGCCGCCGCAGACGGGCUGGGAGCGGCUCAGCGAGCUGUGGCGGCGAGACGAGCAGCAGCGGUAUCCGGAGGAGACGGUGAACAUCAUCAAGUCGGCGUUCACCGGGGGCCUGGUCGGCUGGCUGUACGGCGGCCUGCCCGCCUUCCGCCAGGCGCGGAGGGCCUUCAUCGAGGGCAGCCAGGGAGAGGUGUUCCAGAACCGCGCCGAUGCGGUGCAAUCUGCACACCGUGCUGGACUCAGGAGCUUCAUCCGCUACGGCUGGCGCUGGAGCUGGAGGGUGGCCACCUUCGUGACCAUAUUCAACAUGGUGAGCACUGGUCUGUCCGUGUACCGCGAUAAAACCACCAUCAGUAAUUUUGCUUCAGCAGGAGCCUUCACAGGAGCUCUCUUCAGAAUGCACUUGGGCCUGUCUGGGCUGGCAGGCGGCUUCCUGUUCGGAACAGCCUUUGGGAUCCCUGCAGGGGGCCUCCUAAUGAUUGCACAGAAACUUGCUGGUGAGACUUUGCAGGAGAAGCGAAAUCGUGAGCGCAGGGAGCAGUAUGAACAGAAAUUAGCAGAGUGGCAAUCCAGGCUUAGUGUGACUGAAGACUUGGGCAAAAUGGACAGUGAUGCCCAGGAGCAAUCACAGACAGAAAAUAGCAGGAGAAUCUAGGAGCUGCUGAGUCGUCCUCAGAUCUCUGUUGUAAGCAGCUACAAAGUACUUUGAUUCUAUUCUGUCUUUGUCCAAAGACAUAAUGGAAGUCUUCUGUGAAUGCAGUUGUAUCCUUCAUACUUCUGAAAAACCGGUUUGCUGGAAAUGUUUUUUUGUGGAUGCGUAUCGCUUCUCAAGGGCUUGGAAGGGCCAAACCUGUUCCACUUCACAAAGUGGAUGGGUGGGCUCUACAGGCUAGCAAGUGUCAGCUAGGUUUGGCUGAGGAUGAGGACAGCCACAGAGUCUCUGCUGGAACCCAUUUGCUGCUGGAAAUGUCCAAGCUGAUGGUGAUGUAGAAUAGCAGGAGGAGCCUGCUAUUGCUGAAGGGAGCCUGAUUUGGUGAAAGCUGCUCUUCAGACAGUGCCUGAAGCCCCUGCUGUUGAAGCACAAUAUAGGUUGCACCAGUGAGAGUGUUCCUCCUCUUGCCAACCUUCUCCCACACCUUGAGUUUGCCUGCCUGAGACCGGUUUGGUUUUGCUGAUGGUGGUUUAUUCAUGUUUUUUGCAGAAAAACACAUUUGUUUCUUGCAGUGCUUAGGGUAUUUCACAAUCAGUUUUGAGGAAGGGUGGAGGAGAUUGGAGUGGCAUGGAAAUACCCUGUAGAAGACGAGACAGAGCUGCCUAUGCAAGUCUUUGACUAGAAGUGUGUCCAGGUCUCUGGCUCAAACGUUUAGAGAAGCCAUGCCAUAUCAUGUUUUUGGUGUGUUCCACAUAUCUAUGUACAAACUGCUGAUAAAAUCUUCUGGGGAUAGAGGGCUGUGAGGCUGGCUGCGUGACUUACUGAAACUCACAAGGAGUGCCUGUUGUAGGAGAAACAUGUUUUGGGUUCUUCAGUAGAAGUGUGGCUGAGGGGGUCAACGGAAAGGAUGACCUUUUCUGAUGGUAAUGGUGGAAGCAUUGGCUCAGUGGACAGAUUUAACAGCAAUAAAAAAUGCUCAAAUUUCACAUAAAGGUUGAAAAUUAGAGGAUUACCUCAGGGGGGAAAUGCAGUUCAUGACAUUCAAUAAAGCCAUCUGGCAGUGGUGA